AUGUGUCCAUCUGUUUCUCUGCCCGCCCGCCCCUCCCUCUUCACACGCAGUAACGCGGCUUCACCGUCCCACGGCAUACGCAUACCAAGGUGUCCCCCGGAAGACUCGAACCUCUUCGAAACUCUUUCACAGAGUCUGGUUGUGCAGUCGGGGCCUCUCCCUGCGCCGGCCUGCGGGGAAGACCACCCCACGACCUGA